GACCGGCCGGGGGUCACGGCCGCCCGCCAGGAGCGGCCUCGUCCCGUCCGGUCCCGGGCGCUCCUGACGCGGCUCCCGGGCGCUCUCGCCCUGGCUGCGACAAUGAGGGCGCUGCCCCCGCGCUGGGCUGCCCUGGCUGUGCGAGCGGCGGGCGGGCAGUGGGCGCCGCCCGUCCCCCGCCGCGGUCGCAGCGGCCCCGGUUCGCCCCCGCCGCAGGAGUGGGCGCUGUCGGUGAGCCCACGGGGGCGACUGCGGGUGCGGCUGCCGUGCCAGGUGAGCGUCCGCCCGCUGGACCCGCAGCGCUGCCCGGGCGCGGACCGGGUCCUGGUGGCCGUGAGCGGCGGCAGCCCCGGGCGCCGCGGGCGGGAGCGGGAGCCGGUGCGGGUGGAACACGACGAGGCGCUGGGGCAGGUGGCGAUCCUGGCGGACGGCGUGGACAGCAAGACCGCCGUGGACGUCCGAACGCCGGUGAAGUUCGAUUUGGAUAUCAAAACAUCUGGGACUGGCUGUGUGAAGGUUCAGAAAAUAGAAUGUGAUAACUGCAGAAUAGAAACAGAGAAGGGGACGAGUGUCUUGCAGUCAAUAAAGAGCCAUAAAAUUGAUAUAAGGACAAAUGGUGGCAAAGUAAUUGGUCUUGGAACACUUUAUGGCAAUACAGAUAUUUGUGCAACAGAAAAAGGGAGUGUAAAUAUAGAGAAGCUGCAGGGGACAACCAUCAAUAUAUCUACAGAAGAUGGGCUGCUGAAAACGAAAUAUCUCUAUGCAGAAUCAGCAUCUCUCUCUUCAGAGUCUGGUGAUAUUAUGCUGGGAAGUGUUCAUGGUAAUACCAACCUUCAGACCAAAAGAGGGAGUAUCACAGUAGAUUCAUCAGAUGGAAGUCUAAAAGCUUCUACAUAUCAUGGGACAAUAGAUGUUUAUGUCAGUCAAUUAAGAAAAGUGGAUCUGAAAUCCCAGAAAGGUUCAAUUACAGUCAAGGUGCCUGCAUCUCUCAAAGCCUAUUUAGAGCUGUCUGGAAAAAAAGUGGAUGUGAGUUCAGAGAUCCAGUUAAAAGAAACACAGAGUGCCUCCAAAGAUGAUCAUGUAACUCUAAGUGGUCACAUGAAUCAAAGGGAUGAAACAGACAAAUGGAUUAAGGCUGACACACAAAACGGCAAAGUGUGUCUUAAAAGCCAAAGCUGGAUCCAGUCUGUCAAGCUGAAGAGUUCUUAAAGGUGAAAUAGGGCAAAGAGAUUAAAUCAAGAAACUACAAAGGAACAUUUCUGUAAAAUUACGAAAACUUUUGGAUGAAUAUUCUUAAUACAAAAGAGAAACUAUUAAAAAGGAGAGCAUUUUAACCCAA